AUGAAGGUAACAAAUUGUAGCCCCAAUUUGACUACGUACACCAUUUUGAUGGAUGGACUAUGCAAGGAGGGUAGAAUGGACGAAGCUAUGAGACUGUUCAAGGAGAUGAGGAUGAAUGGAUUGGUUGCUGAUGUUGUUGCCUAUGGGACACUUAUAAGUGGUUUCUGCCAUAGAGUGGAUGUUAUUAGGGGCAAGGAACUCUUUAAUGAAAUGUUGGGACAAGGAAUUUCCCCAAAUGUGAUCACAUAUAGUUGCUUGUUAGAUGGUCUGUGUGGGAUAGGUCAAUGGGAGGAAGCAACAACAAUAUUGAACUCUAUGACGGAACGAGGGGUCCGUCCUGAUACUGUCACUUACACAAGUUUAAUUGGUGCUAUUUGUAAGGAUGGGAGAGCCAGCAAAGCUGUCAAGUUAUUUGAUUUGAUGCUAGAGAAGGGUGAAGAGCCGAGUGUUGUAACGUACAAUGUUCUAAUAAAUGGAUUGUGCAAGGAAGAUUUGGUAAGCGAUGCUUCUAAAAUAUUUGAAAUGAUGAUUGAGAGGGGGAAGAAGCCUGAUGUGGUUACUUACAACACUUUAGCCACAGGACUUUGCAAAAAUGGGAAGGUUAAUGAGGCAAUCAUUCUUUUUUAUAUGAUGUUGAAAGACAAUAACUAUGUUAAACCAGAUGUAUACACACUUAGUGUGCUGAUCCAGGGGCUCUGCAAAGAAGGUCGUCUUGAUGAAGCUGUGGAGAUUCACCAUUAG